AUGGCCAAGCUAAUAGCAAGCUAUACUAAUCACUUAAUUCGUAACAUACAUAUGUAUAUAUAUAUAUAUAUAGACGCAACAAUUAAAAUAAAAAAAAAAAAGAAAGAAAAAAGAGUAGAUAGACAAAGAGAUGGUAAGAUCCAAAAGAAACGAGAAAAAAAAAUAGUAAACGAGACAAAAAUAAGAAAAAUAAAAAGAGGAAGUGAACGAACAGAAUUACACACAGGCUCUAUGAUCAAACAGUGAUAAAUCGUGUUCGUUUCAGGGGUGGGACAGAGCAAAAGAGCGGCGUUCACGUAUCACGUUCCGGAUAUCAUCUCUACGGAUGCAAGAUGCUCAUCUACUACUCCACUAAAUUCUGGAUGA